CAAUGGGUUUGGUUUUUUCUAAUCAUCCUGCGAGCAGAUCCUCAGGUCUUUUCCGGAGAAGCUUCGAGGUGGGUUUGAACAGACAACCUUUUGAUUAGCAUCCGAAUGCUUAACUAUUGUGUUACCAGGGCUCCUUAUCUGUGACUUAACCACCAACAGCUAAACCCAUUGCCAUCGAGUAUAUUCCUGUGACAUAGAAACCUGUUGCCGUCAGGUUGAUUUGACACUGUUAAAUAUGUAUUUGUGGAAUAAAUCGAUAAAUUAAUGAAUUAACAAAGAACACAUACUUCAUUUAUACUAUCCUUAAGUAAAUAUUCCCUGACAUUAAAAAAAAUGGUUAUUUUUAUAUCAAAAUGCAACAUUUAACAGAUGGGGAGAGAGAGAGAGUCUAUGAAUUGAUUUUUUUUUCUUCUUUUCCUAAUCUAAAAGGAUUACAAAAACAAAAACUGAUUAGCUGCUUAACUAUCAUACCAGCCUGAUCGUGUUAAUGCUGAACCAAACAGACGUGACCCCAACUUCAUUCAUUUUCAGAGGGAUCCCAGGACUAGAGGACAUGCAUAUCUGGAUUUCCUUCCCAUUCUGCUCCAUGUAUGUUGUGGCUAUUGUAGGCAAUUGUGGACUCCUCUACCUUAUCCGCUACGAGGACUCCCUGCACAGGUCCAUGUACUACUUCUUGGCCAUGCUUUCCCUAACUGACAUUGUCGUGUCCACUAGUAUAAUCCCUAAAGCUCUCUGCAUCUUCUGGUUCCAUCUCCAGGAGAUCAGCUUUAAUGAAUGUCUGGUUCAGAUGUUCUUCAUUCACACCUUCACAGGGAUGGAAUCUGGGGUGCUCAUGCUUAUGGCCUUGGACCGAUAUGUGGCCAUCUGCUACCCACUGCGCUAUGCAACCAUUCUCACCAAUCCUGUCAUUGUAAAGGCUGGGCUUGCCACUUUUCUGAGAGCAGUGUUUCUCAUCAUUCCCUUGAUUUUCCUCACUAAGCGCCUACCCUAUUGCAGAGGCAACAUAAUACACCAUACCUACUGUGACCAGUUGUCUGUAGCCAAGUUAUCCUGUGGAAAUAUCAAGGCCAAUGUUGUCUAUGGCUUAAUGGCUGCUUUCCUGAUUGGAGGUUUUGAUAUUUUGUGCAUCACAAUUUCCUACACCAUGAUCCUCCGGGUGGUGGUCAGCCUUUCAUCAGGAGAUGCUCGGCAGAAGACCUUUAGCACCUGCACUGCCCAUAUUUGUGCUAUUGUUUUCACCUACAGUCCGGCUUUCUUCUGCUUCUUUUUUAACUGCUUUGGAAGCCAUAAAAUCCCUCCAUCUUGCCACAUCAUUGUGGCCAAUCUGUAUCUUCUCCUGCCUCCCACUAUGAACCCUAUUGUCUAUGGGGUGAAAACCAAGCAGAUACGAGACUGUGUUCUAAGGAUUCUUUCAGCUUCUAAGGACACCAAACCCCUCAGUACAUGA